CCCCUCGGCCCCGCCUCCUCCCCUCUGUCAAACCGCACCAGGGUUUCGGCCGAGCCGCAGGGGCUGAUGGGAGGUCGUAGGAGCUGUUAGAAAGCAGGUGGCCUUGGUCUGAUGUCACAGCUCGUCCUGGUUUGUCCUCAGCUGCAGCAGACGCCGCUUCGGCUCAGGUUCACCAGAGGAAACGCCACAAAAUGCUUCUGCUGCCGCCGGCUGCUCUGUGCUGUCUGUGUUCAGCACUGGUCGCCACGGCAACACAGCUGAUUCAGGAGGAUGUAACACUGACCAGGAGAGUCGGUCAACAAGUCUCCUUCAUCUGUGGGGGAACUGUGACGUGUGACACGGAUCAUAUUUACUGGUACCAGAAGAAAGACACAGAAACAUUUAAACUGAUUCUGGAUAUUGAUAAAACUAAUGGUAACUUAGAUAAAGGUUACAAUCAUCCUCAGAAAGAUGAUUUCUCAUCUGUAAAUAAAGGUAAAGGUUUUGAGCUGCAGAUCCAGACAGUUAAACCCUCUCAUUCAGCCUCGUACUACUGCGCCUGUUGGAAGUCAGGAACCACAAUUUCACUGUGGUACAUGAUCUUUGGUUCUGGGACUAAACUGUACGUAACAGGUGAUCGGCCGCUGAGGCCCGUGGUGGACGUGUACCAGGCGGCGUCCACAGCCCACCUGGACGGGAAGACCUCCCUGCUGUGUGUGGCCUCAGGCAUGUUUCCUCCUGAGGUCCGGUUCUCCUGGAAAAGACAGAAGGGCAACGGAGCUCUGGAGGAUCUGCCCGACGCUGAGGGAGAACAGCUGGAGGUCCAAGAGUCUGGACGCAGAACCGCCAUCAGGACCGUCCAUCACAACCACCACAGCUCAGAUAAAUACUGGUGCACGGUCCAGCACGAGGGGGGGAUGGUGAUGGCCCAGACCCAACAAGAGGUUCCAGCUCUUCCACCAACCCCGACAGUCCCACCGACUCCUGCUCCUCCUGGUCCUCCUGUUCCUCCUGGUCCUCCUGGUCCUCCUGGUCCUCCUGGUCCUCCUGUCCAGCCCUGGGACUCCCAGCGUCUGUCUUGUCUGUUUUACUCAGUUCUGAUAAUGAAGAGUCUGCUUUACUGCUGUGGACUCUGUGUAAGGAGUCUAAUGUAGAACAUCCACCUGCUCCACACAACCAUGGAAAUAUAUAUACAUAUAUGUGCAGGGUGUCCCAAAACAUCUGACAACAUUUCAUCAUCUAAUAAUUUGUUUAAACUUUCUUUGCUCUUUUUGCUCAAAAAAGUGUCAUCAUUUUGAUUGUUCUGCUUUCAUGAACAGACAUGCCGUUUACUGCAGCAGAAAAGGCCUUCUGUGAGUUGAAGUACGCCCAAACUCAGUCAAAUGUGAAUGUGUGAUGUGAAUUUGGUAGAAAAUUUCAUAAACAAGCGACAACAGGAAAGCAGAUUUGGACGUGGCAUUAGAAGUUUCAAGAGGAAGGCUGUUUGUGUCGGAAAAAACAAACUCCAGAACCGACUUGAUGUGUGCUGCGUCACAAACGGCGUUCAUGUUGAACAUCUGUAAUAACUUUGGAACAUUAUAAAAUUACCAUCCCCCAGAAUUUUUCAUUUGAAAUUUGUAGAAUAAAACAUUUUAUGUCCACAAUAAAUCCUAUUCAGUAUCAUUUCUCCUGACCGUGUACUCACUCCGAUAUGGACAUCUUAAAUGAUGUCAGUUUUUUUGGGACACCCUGUAUAUAUAUUGUAUCCGUUCGUCGUCCGUCUGUCCGUAUGCGCAAAAACUGUGGCGUGGACUGAAGGCCGAGGGUUUUCAAGUGCGGGCACGUGAUGUCUAUUUGUGUCUCAGCUCUGAUACAUGAUAACAUAGAAUUUUUCACUUUUCAUUUUUCUAAUAUUAAUAUCCUCCUGAGACCAAGGAAACCAAAACUUUGGCUUUUUUACAUUAAAUAAUUGUAAAAACAGCAUAAUGUAAUGGUUUUUCUGACUUUUAAAUUUUUUUUUAUGAAAUAUUUUUUGCAGUGGACAGUGUUUUGUGUAUUUUAUAUAACUCUGUCUUUGUAUAACUCUUGUCCCCUACAGAAGACAAAAAUGUAUUGCUGGGUCUCCAGAUGAUAUAUUCUAUAAUUAAUAUUCACAUUUAUUUUAUGCAUUUGCAUAAUUUCACUUUUUCAUAUAGUGCAUUUUAUUUGAAUUAUUGCCCAUAAAUUUGCCAUAAAUACUCUUUAUCUGUCAUGACUGAAACCAGUGUUUUAUGUCUCAUUCAUUCACAUGGAUUUCUGUGCUUUAAAUUAAUAAUUUGAGUUGUUUUUUUUUCUGUCAAAUGUCAAUAAACUGAGAUUAAACUGAGACUGUUAAUUAAUUAGAAACUAAGACAUUUUUAAUUAGAAAUUAAGACAUUUUUCCAACCAUUAUUUAAGCAGAGUCGACAGUUUCAACUGUUGUUUAUGAGUUCCAGAGUGAACAUGUUGAUUAGAAACUCUGUCAGUGGUUAAAUGGUUUAUUUUCUGUCUCAUAUGUAUUGAUUUCAUAUCGACACUGAGGAUCAGGUUGAAAAUAUUCUGUCUAUUAUGAAUCAAAUCUGACAUAAAAGUCUUAAUAUCAGACCAGUUGAGGUAAAUCUUUACGCCGACGACACUGUUGUUUAUUCUCAUAAAAGUAAGUAAAGAAAGCAUUGGAUAAAUACAGUUACAUUUAUUACAUUAUUUCUAUUAUUGUUCAGUCUAAUAUAAUUUUAUUAUUAAGUCUUUUUCAUAAACUUGUCCAUUAUAUUUUUAAUAGUCAUUAAUAGUCAGUAAAUGAACAGACUGUGUUAGUGAAUGACUUAGUGAUGUUUAAUAUUUUUAUUGUUAACGUGGUGAAAUAAUGUGACAUGAAGAGGCUGUGAUUCUGUUUGUACAAAUAAAUAAACCAACCUUUG